UCUCUCCCUCUCUCUCUCUCAAUCUCUCUCUUAAUCUCUCUCUCUUUUUAUUUACAUAUCUUUGGAAGGAAAGGAAAGAAAGGAAGUUAUCAGGAUAUAAUUAGUGAUUUUGGAGGCAAGAAAGAGUGAUGUUGAAGACAGAGCUGUGCCUUGGCUUGCCUGGAGGAUGUGAAGCUGGAGAGAUUAUCAAGACAACUGGAAAGAGAGGAUUUUCUGAGACUGUUGAGCUCAAACUCAACCUUCAAUCUGAUGCUUCACCUCAAGAUCUCAAACAUGACAAGCCCAAGAACUCAACUAUGGAGAAGAAUAAAGAUCAAGUGAUUAAGCCUCCAGCCAAGGCACAAGUGGUAGGUUGGCCACCGGUGAGAUCUUACCGGAAAAAUGUGAUGGCGGUACAGAAGAGCACAACUGAAGAAAAGAGUCCUGAGACGAAGGUGGCGUCGGCCGGAAGUAUUAGCACAGGAGCUGCAUUUGUGAAGGUUUCCAUGGAUGGCGCGCCUUAUCUUCGCAAGGUGGACUUGAAGGUGUACAAGAGCUACCAAGAACUCUCUGAUGCACUGGCCAAAAUGUUCAGUUCCUUUACCAUGAGUAAUUACGGAUCACAAGGAAUGAUCGAUUUCAUGAAUGAGAGCAGAGUUAUGGAUCUCCUCAACAGCUCUGAGUAUGUGCCUAGCUAUGAAGACAAGGAUGGCGACUGGAUGCUUGUCGGCGAUGUCCCUUGGGAGAUGUUUGUUGAUUCAUGCAAGCGUCUGCGUAUAAUGAAAGGAUCAGAAGCAAUCGUACUUGCACCAAGAGCCAUGGAGAAAUGCAAGAGAAGGUGCUGAAAAACAAAGCAAUUAAGCAAGCCAAAAGUGACCUGCUUUGAAGUUGAUUAAUAUUAUUGAUGAAGCAAGUAGCAAACAUGGAUCUAUAAAGCAGGAUUGUUGUUUGAAUGUGUCUGUUAUUUCAAGUUUGACAGUAUAUACAUAUAUUAUUAUAAAGUUUGGGACAUUUUUAAUGGACAAGAAGCAAUAAACUUUCCAAUUGUCUGCCUUGUUUAUUAGU